GCGCGGAGCCGCCGCGGGCCGGGCCCAUCCCGCCGCAGCGGCCCCGGGGCCGAGCAGGGGCGAGGCGCAGAGGGAGCGGCGCCGAGCGGGGCUCGGAGCGCGGCCAGGAUGGUGUUGGAAGGAAACCCUGAAGUGGGGUCCCCCAGAGCCUCAGACCUCCGGCACCCUGGAAACCAGGGCACUUGCGUACUCUCUCCUCCCAGUGAAGAUGCACAGCCAGGCGUGGAGCCCAUCAAGUAUGGUGAACUCAUCGUUCUGGGAUGCUGUGAGGAAGGAGGUGAGGAAACCGAGGCUCAGAGAGGGGAAGUGACUGGCCCAAGGGCACACAGCUGCUACAAUGGGUGUCUGGCAAGUGGGGACAAGGGCCGCCGGCGAAGCCGCCUGGCGCUGAGCCGCCGGCCGCAUGCCAACGGAGUGAAGCCAGAUGUCAUGCACCACAUCUCCACACCACUCGUCUCCAAGGCACUGAGUAACCGUGGCCAGCACAGCAUCUCGUACACACUGUCCCGGAGCCACUCGGUCAUAGUCGAGUACACACAUGACAGCGACACAGACAUGUUCCAGAUCGGCCGCUCCACGGAGAACAUGAUCGACUUUGUGGUAACAGACACGUCCCCCGGAGGAGGAGCUGCUGAGGGCCCCUCUGCCCAGAGCACCAUCUCCCGCUAUGCCUGCCGCAUCCUCUGUGACCGCCGGCCGCCCUAUACUGCCCGCAUCUAUGCCGCUGGCUUCGAUGCCUCCAGCAACAUCUUCCUUGGAGAGCGGGCGGCCAAAUGGCGGACCCCCGACGGCCUGAUGGACGGCUUAACCACCAAUGGGGUCCUGGUGAUGCACCCAGCAGGCGGCUUCUCUGAGGACUCAGCCCCGGGUGUCUGGCGGGAGAUCUCUGUCUGUGGGAACGUGUAUACUCUGAGGGACAGCCGCUCGGCACAGCAGCGGGGGAAGCUGGUGGAAAACGAGUCCAAUGUGCUGCAGGAUGGCUCCCUCAUCGACCUGUGUGGGGCCACACUACUGUGGCGCACGCCGGCAGGGCUGCUGCGGGCACCCACGCUGAAGCAGCUGGAGGCCCAGCGGCAGGAGGCGAACGCGGCGCGACCCCAGUGUCCUGUGGGCCUCAGCACUCUGGCCUUCCCCAGUCCAGCCCGUGGCCGCACAGCACCCGACAAGCAGCAGCCCUGGGUCUACGUCCGUUGCGGCCAUGUCCACGGCUACCACGGCUGGGGCUGCCGGCGAGAGCGGGGCCCCCAGGAGCGCGAAUGUCCACUCUGCCGCCUCGUGGGGCCCUACGUGCCCCUCUGGCUUGGCCAGGAGGCCGGCCUCUGCCUGGACCCUGGGCCACCCAGCCACGCCUUUGCACCCUGCGGCCAUGUCUGCUCUGAGAAGACUGCCCGCUACUGGGCCCAGACACCACUGCCCCAUGGCACCCACGCUUUCCACGCUGCCUGCCCCUUUUGUGGGGCCUGGCUCACUGGCGAGCAUGGCUGCGUCCGCCUCAUUUUCCAGGGGCCACUGGACUAAACUACCUGGGGUCCCCUGCUGCUGCACCUGCCUGCCCACCCAGGUCCCCCACCUCCUGCAGCCCAGAGGGAGCUCUGCAUGUGGGACUCUGUCUGCUGGCACCUAGCCACACCAGAUGGACACGUUGGAUGGGCUGUGCGCCUCUCCUUUUAACUCUGGCCCCCAAGGGGGUCCCCGAGACCCCUACCCCAGUCAGAAUGAUGGGGCCCUCAGUACUGGCUCUGUCCCGGGCUGAUGGAGGGAAGCCCACCUCUAUGCCCUGGCCCUUCUUGGGGCAUCCCACAUCGUGCCGCCUACACUGUGCCCCUGGGGGAGUGAAGGGGCCAUGGGCCCCUGACCCUUAGCUUAGGCUGGCUGCACCCUGAGCCUGCCGACCCAGUUCCAGAUAUUCACCCUGCUGCUGCCCUGGGUUCCUCUAUAAACCUUGCUGCUCAGCUGCCCUCACAAAUCCCACGUGUCCUGCAUGCGUGCAGUGCCUCCAGCCCCCGUGCGAGUGAUGGGUGGGUGGCAGGCUGGGGCUGGCAUCUGCUGAUACCCACUGUGGGCUGCACUCCAUGCCAAGGUUCUUUGGGGACACAGAGACAAUCAGACCUGGUUCCCUAUCCAGUGGAGUUCACAGUUUAGUGGAUGACAGACCAAAUUGCCGAAUGACAGCAUGGCUUCCUGUGUGCCAGGAUCAGAGAAUUAUCAGGGGCUGUGGAGCAGGUCUCACUGGCGGGUGGAAAAGUGAGGGAAGUUUCGCUGAGGAGGUGUGUAGGAGCUCAGCCCCAAUGGCUGCAUCAGAAUCCCCCACAGGAAGGGGGGUGCUCUAGGCAGAAGGGAGGCCAAGCACAGGCUCAGGUUAAGUAAGCAGGGAGCUGAGUGAGGGGUUCAGAGUGGCUGAGUGGGGCUGCAGGGAGGCAGAAGGGAGGCUGGAGCAAGAGGUUGGGACCAUGCUGACGGGGAAGAUGCUGGAUGGAGGAUUGGGAACCUCGCUUGUGGGCAGUCAGGAGUUGAGGGAGGAGAGAGGACUCGCGGUUCCAGAGCGUUGGCUGUGACACAAGGGCUGCCAUUACCGAAUGCCCACUGUGUGCCCCGCACCGUGCUAACGAGAAUAAUAACUACGUUCAUUGAGCACUCA